AUGUUCGCACCCCUUUCAAACCAUCAACCAGCUCUCGUGCCCCAUUCAAACCAUCAACCAGCUCUCGCACACCUUUCAAACCAUCAACCAGUUCUCGCGGCCCAUUCAAACCAGCAACCAGCUCUCGCGACCCAUUCAAACCAUCAACCAGCUCUCGCGCCCAAUUCAAACCAUCAACCAGUUCUCGCGCCCCAUUCAAACAAUCAACCAGCUCUCGCACCCCAUUCAAACCAUCAACCAGUUCUCGCGCCACAUUCAAACCAUCAACCAGCUCUCGCACCUCUUUCAAACCAUCAACCAGUUCUCACGCCCCAUUCAAACCAUCAACCAGCUCUCGCGCCCCAUUCAAACCAUCAACCAGCUCUCGCACCCCAUACAAACCAUCAACCAGCUCUCGCGCCCCAUUCAAACCAUCAACCAGCUCCCGAGCCCCAUUCAAACCAUCAACCAGCUCUCGCGACACCUUUCAAACCACCAACCAGUUCCCGCGCCCCAUUCAAACCAUCAACCAGCACCCGCGACCCAUUCAAACCAUCAACCAGCUCCCGCGCCCCAUUCAAACCAUCAACCAGCUCCCGCGCCCCAUUCAAACCAUCAACCAGUUCCCGCGACCCAUUCAAACCAUCAAUCAGCUCUCGCGCCCCAUUUAAACAAUCAACCAGCUCUCGCGCCCCAUUCAAACCAUCAACCAGCUCCCGCGACCCAUUCAAACCAUCAACCAGCUAUCGCGCCCUAUUCAAACCAUCAACCAGCUCUCGCGCCCCAUUCAAACCAUCAACCAGCUCCCGUGCCCAAUUCAAACCAUCAACCAGUUCCUGCGCCCAAUUCAAACCAUCAACCAGCUCCCGCACCCCUUUCAAACCAUCAACCAGCUCUCUCGCCCCAUUCAAACCAUCAAUCAGCUCUCGCGCCCCAAUCAAACCAUCAACCAGUUCCCGCGCCCUAUUCAAACCAUCAACCAGCUCCCUCGCCCCAUUCAAACCAUCAACCAGUUCCCGCGCCCCAUUCAAACCAUCAACCAGCACCCGCGCCCCAUUCAAACCAUCAACCAGCUCCCGCGACCCAUUCAAACCAUCAACCAGUUCCCGCGCCCCUUUCAAACCAUCAACCAGCUCUCGCGCCCCUUUCAAACCAUCAACCAGCUCCCGCGACCCAUUCAAACCAUCAACCAGCUCUUGCGCCCCAUUCAAACCAUCAAACAGCUCUCGCGCCCCAUUCAAACCAUCAACCAGCUCCCGCGCCCCAUUCAAACCAUCAACCAGCUCUCGCGACCCAUUCAAACCAUCAACCAGCUCUCGCGCCCCAUUCAAACCAUCAACCAGCUCCCGCGACCCAUUCAAACCAUCAACCAGCUCUCGCGACCCAUUCAAACCAUCAACCAUCUCUCGCGCCCCAUUCAAACCAUCAACCAGCUCUCGCGACCCAUUCAAACCAUCAACCAGCUCCCGCGCCCCAUUCAAACCAUCAACCAGCUCUCGCGCCCCAUUCAAACCAUCAACCAGCUCUCGCGACCCAUUCAAACCACUAAUCUGUUAUCGCUCCCCUUUCCGAACUGAUAAAAAGCAAUAUUUAUCUCAUGUUAGGAGAUACAUUUGGCGUGCUCUUUUCUCUUUCAGACAUGGACUGUCACCAUUCUCCUCCCACUCUUAUUUUCUUUAUUCUCUUCCUUACACUCUUGUUAUUUUCCUCUUCUUAUUUAGUCCCCCUCUUUACGUUUCUCCUUUCGCCAAGCGAUUUUUCUCCUCUUCUUUUCUCUAUUUCCUUUCUCUUUCGCGUCUUUAUUUUUCAAAGCCUGAUGAUUCUCUUUCAUUUUCCUUGCCCUUUCAAUACCGGAUUAUCUUUCUUUUUCCUUCUCCUCGCAACUCCGGAUUCUCUUUCUUUUUCUUUCUGCUUUCACAACUUGAUUUUCUUUCUUUUUUUCCUCAUCAGUUCAAACGCCUAUUUUUUCUUUCUUUUUCCUUCUCAUUUCAAAACCAUGUUCUUUUUCCUUCUCCUUUCAACACCGGAUUCUCUUUUUUUUUUUUUUUUCUUAUACAUUCAACGCUGGAUUCUGUCUUUUUCCUUCGCCUUUCAAAACUUGAUUCUCUUUCUGUUUCCUUCUCCUUCAACACCAGAUUUUCCUUCUUUUUCUUUCUUCUUCCAAUGUCUGGUUCUUUUUUUUUUUUUUCUUUUCCUUGCAACGCCGGAUUCUCUUUCUUUUUCCUCUUCAUUUCAACGUCUGAUAUUCUUUUUCCUUCCCUUUUCAAAACACGAUUUUCUUUCUUUUUCCUCUCCUUUCAACGCAGGAUUCUUCUUCUUUUUCCUGCUAUUUUCAACGACGAAAUUUCUUUCUUUUUUAUCUAUAUUCGACGCCAGAUACUCCUCCUUUUCCCUUCUUUCAAAGCCUCAUUCCCUCUCUUAUUCCUCCUCCUUUGA